AUGCACUGCCACGCAGAGCUGAGGCUGAGCUCGCCCGGCCAGCUCAAAGCAGCCAGGAGGCGCUACAAGACUUUCAUGAUCGACGAGAUCCUCUCCAAGGAGACCUGCGACUACUUUGAGAAACUUUCCCUCUACUCCAUGUGCCCGUCGCUGGUCGUGCGACCCAAGCCCCUGCAUUCCUGUACCGGCCCCGCUUCCCUCCGGGCAUAUCCUCUCCUCUCGGUGAUAACCCGACAGCCCACAGUCAUCCCCCACCUGGUCCCCACCGCCCCGGGAAUCGCCCAGGCUCUGUCCCGUCACCCGGCCGCCGAGGCCACCUCUGCCGAGGCUGCGGGCGAGAACCACGGCAGCAGCGAGUCGGAGACGGAGCAGCCCACGCCCCGGCAGAAGAAGCCCCGCCGGAGCCGCACCAUCUUCACCGAGCUGCAGCUCAUGGGCCUGGAGAGGAAGUUCCAGAAGCAGAAGUACUUGUCCACCCCAGACAGGUUGGACUUGGCCCAGUCUCUGGGACUCACUCAACUGCAGGUGAAGACUUGGUACCAGAACCGCAGGAUGAAAUGGAAGAAAAUGGUUCUUAAAGGUGGACAGGAAGCGCCCACAAAACCCAAAGGUCGUCCCAAGAAGAACUCCAUCCCCACAUCAGAAGAGAUUGAAGCUGAAGAGAAGUUGAACAGCCAGGCCCAGAGCAAGGAGCACUGGGAGCCCUCCCAGGGCCAGGAGGGGCUCUGUGACACGCAGGAACCAAAAGUGCACGGUGUCCCCGUAGAGGUGGCUGAGCCCCUAGGCCAGCCCCAGGAGUUGCCAGUAGCUUCUUUGGAACCCCCGCCAUCAAGCUAA